CUAACUUAUUAAUCUCCUGUCUUUUCUAGCUUACUUCUGCCGCAUUCUCCAGAGAAACAAAACAAUGGGAAGAAGAAUGGGUGGCGGCCGCUCACCUGCCGCUUCCUCCUCAGUUCUUAACCACAGGAUACUCAGCCACCGACUCCAAUCUUGUCAACUGUCAUACUCCACCGUCGAUGAAAUCGUCGACCACCUUCGAACUAACUACCCCGAUUACAAACGCAUCAAGCAACAACCUUUCACCAGGGCCGUCCAACAAGCCCUCCAAUCCUCUUCCAAACACACCCAAAAGACGCCUUCUUCACAUUCUGUUUUCAAAUUCGAUGAUGACAGUGAUGGACAUGAGCAUGCCAUUGCAGCUUCUUCUUCCUCGCCUUCUCUUUCGCGUUCGCGGAAGAAGCUUAAGAGAACCGAUGUGACUGAGCAAAGGUUGCAACGUUUAGAAGAGUCGCACAUUGAAAGGAGACGGAUUCAGCGCGAUGACUCAUGCUCGAGCUCGGAAACGGACUCAUCAUCUUCAUCGGAAGAAGUAGAUGAUGAAGUUCCGACUUCGGAAGAUGUUAUUUAUGGAGAAAAAGAGGAACCCAAGUAUGAUUUAACGAAAUCAAUGCUACGGCACAGUUACAAUCAAUCCAACAACACAAAAUCGAAGUUUGAAGAAAAAAAUAUCGAAAUGGAGGUUGCAGCUAAUAAAAAUAAGGAUAAAAUUGAUAUGAUCAAUCAAGCUGGAGCUGGAAAAAAAUAUGCAAAGGCUUCGGUUAAGGCCGCUACUGCUGCUGAUGCUGUGGAGGUUAAUGGGAAAGAGGGGCCGAGGUUUAGGGAUUUAGGUGGGAUGGGAGCUGUGCUGGAGGAGUUGAUGAUGGAAGUCAUAGUACCUCUUUAUCAUCCACGUUUGCCACGAUGGCUGGGAGUUAGGCCAAUGGCUGGAAUUUUGCUCCAUGGCCCACCUGGUUGCGGCAAGACCAAAUUGGCCCACGCCAUUGCCAAUGAAACUAGUGUUCCGUUCUAUAAAAUUUCAGCUACCGAGGUGGUUUCGGGUGUCUCGGGUGCAUCAGAGGAAAAUAUUAGGGAACUCUUCUCAAAAGCAUAUAGGACUGCUCCUUCAAUUGUUUUCAUCGAUGAGAUUGAUGCCAUUGCAUCUAAAAGAGAAAAUAUGCAGAGGGAGAUGGAGCGGAGAAUCGUCACACAGUUGAUGACUUGUAUGGAUGAAUCUCACAGACUUUUGCAACCAAAUGAUAAGGAUUCUAGUUCAGAGAACUCUGAUUCCAAGCCUGGCUAUGUGCUUGUGAUUGGAGCUACCAAUAGACCUGAUGCUGUUGACCCUGCACUACGGAGGCCUGGACGAUUUGAUCGGGAGAUUGUUCUUGGUGUUCCGGAUGAAAAUGCCAGGUGUGAGAUUCUUUCUGUGAUUACACGAAAUCUUAGGCUUGAAGGGUCUUUUGAUCUUUUGAAAAUAGCAAGGGCUACACCAGGUUUUGUUGGAGCGGAUUUGGCUGCCUUAGCUAACAAGGCUGGUAAUCUUGCCAUGAAGAGGAUCAUAGACCAGAGAAAGCAUGUGAUUUCUAAAGAAUCUAUUGAUGAGGAGCAAGCUGAUCAGUGGUGGAGGCAGCCUUGGUUGCCCGAGGAGAUGGAAAAACUAACAAUCACUAUGGCUGAUUUUGAGGAAGCAGCUAAAAUGGUUCAGCCCUCAUCACGGAGAGAGGGAUUCUCUACAAUUCCAAAUGUUAAGUGGGAGGAUGUUGGUGGUCUUGACUUCCUAAGGCAGGAAUUCGACCGUUACAUAGUUAGACGCAUAAAAUUUCCCGAGGAAUAUGCGGAAUUCGGAGUGGACUUGGAGACAGGAUUUUUGCUUUAUGGACCACCAGGCUGUGGUAAAACGUUGAUUGCAAAGGCUGUAGCUAAUGAGGCUGGAGCCAAUUUCAUUCACAUCAAGGGCCCUGAACUUUUGAAUAAAUAUGUUGGAGAAAGUGAGCUGGCAGUUCGGACAUUGUUUAGCCGUGCUAGGACAUGUUCUCCGUGCAUACUUUUCUUUGAUGAGGUGGAUGCUUUGACCACAAAGCGAGGGAAAGAGGGUGGAUGGGUUGUUGAACGACUUCUGAACCAGUUGCUCAUUGAGUUAGAUGGAUCGGAUCAGCGGCGCGGUGUUUAUGUUAUAGGUGCCACUAAUAGACCUGAAGUGAUGGAUCGUGCUGUUUUACGGCCUGGUAGAUUUGGUAAAUUUCUUUAUGUACCUCUUCCCAGUCCUGACGAACGUGGGUUGAUCUUGAAAGCUCUUGCUAGGCAGAAACCCAUAGACGCCGAUGUGGAUUUGAGUGCAAUUGGACGAACGGAGGCUUGUGAUAAUUUAAGUGGGGCUGAUCUUUCUGCACUGAUGAAUGAAGCAGCCAUGGGUGCACUGGAAGAGAAACUGACUUCAACAGGGAUAUCUGAGGCUUCAUGGACAAUCAAGACAUUGCAUUUCGAGCAUGCACUGAAUAAGAUCUCACCAUCGGUGUCCGAUAAGCAAAAACAGUUCUAUAAGGCAUUGUCAGAGAGCUUCAAAGCGGGUUGAUAAGAGGUACAUCCCAUUGACGUGUGCCGUUAACUGGAGCGAUAAAUCAUAAUGAUUAGUAUGGUGGCACCUUUGAUCAAGCAGUCUUCAAAAGUAAUUAUUAUCAAAAUGGGUCCAAUAAGAACGUUUAGCUUGCAAAUUAGUUAUUCCCUUUAGGGAUUAGACAUGAAUGUGUAGAAGAAGCAGUAUAUUGAUAAAGAAAAGAUAUUUGUUUUCCAAAAUCAAAAGAGCGAUUGGGUUGAAAAAAAUAAAAUAAAUUAAAAAAUAAAGGAUUUCUAACCGGCUUCUUAUCCUAAUAACGAACAUAAAUUAAGUUAGAUGACAAAAGA